GGCCGCUCCCGCCCCGCGGGGCCGCCCCCGCCCGCUCCGUGAGGGGAGGACGCGCCGAGGGCGGCCCGGGACCGCGGGGCCUCAGCGGGCCCGGCGCCGCGGCCUCUCCCGGGACGCUUUGGAGCUUUCCCGGUGCGGUUUUUGCCGAAUUGCCGAGAGCUUUUCCCAGCGUGAGGUGGAAGAUGAAGGUCAGAGGCUGAGGGAGCCACAGCUGGAAGGGGCACCUGGAAAAUUCCGAGCCGGGGUGUGGAGGCGGCCGUGCCCGGAGCCGGGCCGGGAUCGAUGGAGAAGCCGAGCGAGCUCUGACUCCGCGGCGGUUUCGGGAGAAAUUCCAUGGCAAUGUAUCCUACAAGGGUCUCCGGUGAGGAAUGCAACGGCAUCAACGCCAUGGCGGCCGAGAGCGGCCCCGGCACGCGCCUGCGGAACCUGCCGGUGCUGCCGGACGCGCUGGACUCCACGCAGCCGUCGGCGGCGCCGGCGCCCGGCCAGGCCCAGCCCGGGGGCGGCAUCGGGGUCAAUCCGCCGCCGCCGGAGACGUCCAAUCCCAACAAACCCAAGCGCCAAACCAACCAGCUGCAGUAUCUGCUCAAGGUGGUCCUCAAGACCCUCUGGAAGCAUCAGUUCGCGUGGCCCUUCCAGCAGCCCGUGGACGCCGUCAAGCUCAACCUCCCGGAUUAUUAUAAAAUAAUUAAAACUCCGAUGGACAUGGGAACAAUAAAGAAACGCUUGGAAAAUAAUUAUUACUGGAACGCUCAAGAAUGUAUCCAGGAUUUCAACACCAUGUUUACAAACUGCUACAUCUACAACAAGCCAGGGGAUGACAUUGUGCUGAUGGCAGAAGCUCUGGAGAAGCUUUUCCUGCAGAAGAUCUCGGAGAUGACGCAGGAGGAGACGGAAAUCGUCAUCGCCCAGACCAAGGGCCGGGGCCGCGCCCGCAAGGAACCAGCCCAAACUCCAAAACCCAAAACCCCAUCCCCAAAGCCAACCUCCACCCCCCAAAUCCCCUCCCUGACCUCUCCUUUCCCCUGGCAGACAAAGAAAGGAGUGAAGAGGAAAGCAGACACCACCACUCCCACCGCCAUGGACCCCAUCCACGACUCCUCCUCGCUGCCCGCCGAGCCCAAGGCCACCAAGCUGGGCCCGCGGCGCGAGAGCGGCCGGCCCGUGAAGCCCCCCAAGAAGGAGAUGCCGGACUCGCAGCAGCAUUCCGUGGAGCUGCGCGGCUCCAAGGCCUCGGAGCAGCUCAAGUACUGCGGGGGCAUCAUCAAGGAGAUGUUCGCCAAGAAGCACGCGGCCUACGCCUGGCCCUUCUACAAACCCGUGGACGUGGAGGCGCUGGGGCUGCACGACUACUGCGACAUCAUCAAACACCCCAUGGACCUCAGCACCAUCAAGUCCAAGCUGGAGGGCCGGGAGUACCGCGACGCUCAGGAGUUCGCGGCCGACGUGCGGCUGAUGUUCUCCAACUGCUACAAGUACAACCCCGCCGACCACGAGGUGGUGGCCAUGGCCCGCAAGCUGCAGGACGUGUUCGAGAUGCGCUUUGCCAAGAUGCCGGACGAGCCGGAGGAGCCGGUGAUCCCCGCCUCGUCCCCGGUGGUGGUCCCGCCCCCCACCAAGGUGGCCCCGCCCUCGUCCAGCGACAGCAGCAGCGACAGCUCCUCCGACAGCGACAGCUCCUCCGACGACUCUGAGGAGGAGCGGGCGCAGCGCUUGGCCGAGCUCCAGGAGCAGCUCAAGGCCGUGCACGAGCAGCUGGCGGCGCUGUCCCAGCCCCAGCAGAACAAACCAAAGAAGAAGGAGAAGGACAAGAAGGAGAAGAAGAAGGAGAAGCACAAAAAGAAGGAGGAGCUGGAGGACGCCAAGAAGAGCAAGGCCAAGGAGCCACCACCCAAGAAGGCCAAGAAGAGCAACAGCAACAGCAGCGCCUCCAGCAAGAAGGAGCCGGCGCCGGUGAAGCCCAGCAAAGCCGCGCCCACCUACGAGUCGGAGGAGGAGGAGAAGUGCAAACCCAUGUCCUACGAGGAGAAACGCCAGCUGAGCCUGGACAUCAACAAACUGCCCGGGGAGAAGCUGGGCAGGGUUGUGCACAUCAUCCAGUCCCGGGAGCCCUCGCUCAAGAACUCCAACCCCGACGAGAUCGAGAUCGACUUCGAGACGCUGAAGCCGUCGACGCUGCGCGAGCUCGAGCGUUACGUCACCUCCUGCCUGCGCAAGAAGAGGAAACCCCCAGAGAAGCUCGACGUCCUGGCCGGCUCCUCCAAGCUCAAGGGAUUCUCGUCGUCGGAGUCGGAAUCCAGCAGCGAGUCGAGCUCCUCCGACAGCGACGAGUCGGACUCAGAAAUGGCGCCAAAAUUGAAGAAAAAAGGGCACUCAGGGCGGGAGCAGAAAAAGCACCACCACCACCACCACCAACCGGCGCCGGCGCCGCCGCAACCCCCCCCGCGUGUCCUUCCUCCGCAGCUUUGCACAACGCUCUGCCUCAGCAGCCCUCGAGGCCCAGCAACCGGGCGGCGGCGCUGCCCCCAAAGCCGCCGCGGCCGCCCGUCGCACCUGGCGCAGCCGCCGGCGCCGCCGCAGCAGCAGCAGCAGGCGCAGCAGCCGCAAGCGGCGCAGCCGCAGCCGGCGCCGGCGAAAGCGCAGCAGGUCAUCCAGCACCACCCGUCACCGCGGCACCACAAAGCCGACCCCUACGGCACCGGUCACCUGCGGGAAGCCCCCUCCCCCCUCAUGAUGCCUUCCCCACAGAUGGCGCCGUUCCAGGGCCUCGUGCCUCAGUCGCCCCCUCAGCAAAACAUCCAGCCAAAAAAACAGGAGCUGCGAGCGGCCUCGGUGGUGCAGUCGCAGCCGCUGGGGGGGGCCAAGGAGGAGAAGCUGCACUCGCCCGUGAUCCGCACCGAGACCUUCAGCCCCCCCCUGCGCCAGGAGCCCCCCAAGGGCCACCCCGAGGGCAUCAAAGCUGCCCCGCACCUCCCCCAGCCCCGGCUUUCCGUGCAGGAGCUGCGAGCGGCCUCGGUGGUGCAGUCGCAGCCGCUGGGGGGGGCCAAGGAGGAGAAGCUGCACUCGCCCGUGAUCCGCACCGAGACCUUCAGCCCCCCCCUGCGCCAGGAGCCCCCCAAGGGCCACCCCGAGGGCAUCAAAGCUGCCCCGCACCUCCCCCAGCGGCCGGAGCUGAAGCCCCUGGAGGGGGGAGGACCCCGGCCCGUGAUCCGACCCCCGGAGCCGACCCCGCCCGCCCCGGACAAGGAGCGGCAGAAAGCGGAGCCCAAAACCCCCGUGGCCCCCAAAAAGGACCUGAAGAUCAAGAACAUGGGCUCGUGGGCGUCGCUGGUGCAGAAGCACCCGGCGGCGCCGGCGGCGGCGGCCAAGUCCUCGAGCGACUCCUUCGAGCAGUUCAAGCGGGCGGCGCGCGAGAAGGAGGAGCGCGAGAAGGCGCUCAAGGCCCAGGCCGAGCAGGUGGAGCGCGAGAAGGAGCGGCUCAGGAGGGAGCAGGAGAGGAUGAGGUCCCGGGAGGACGAGGAGGCGCUGGAGCAGGCGCGGCGGGUGCACGAGGAGGUUCUAGAGCAGUGCAGGGUCCUGGUCACUUCAGUGGUCACUGUGGUCACUCAGUGGUCACUCAGUGGUCACUGUGGUCGCUCCCCAGGUCCCGGGAGGACGAGGAGGUUCUAGAGCAGUGCAGGGUCCUGGUCACUUCAGUGGUCACUG